AUGUCUUCAACAACAACUGAGUCAGUCCAGCAACGAGGGGCUGUCACUAAGAAGGCGGAACUUGAUGAUGCCUUGAUGAACAAAAUAAUUGAGCACUGUCGCAAACUCACUUUGGAUCUCGACUUCAAGAACGCAUCGGCAACUUAUAGUCAGGUCAAAGAGCAACAGGAGCAAAUUUGUACUCGAGAUGAAAAAUUGACCAGAUUGCAGAGGGACAUUGAAGCUCAGAAAGAGAGGGAAUCGGUUGUGAUCGGCAGAUUCUCCGCAGCGAAUCAGGACCUCGCCAUCCAAAAGGAGAUCGCAGAAAAAAGAAUAGUCUCCCUCCAAAAAGAAGACGCAGAAAAGGGUAAAUCUUUGGCUGAGAUCUCUCGAAGAAUCCAAGAACUUCAGCGCCAGCUACAAACGCUGUUAUCGGAGAGAUCUCAGGAUGAAAGAAAGAUGAGCUCAAUGAUUGCACAACACAAUCUGGAAAUUGAUUCCUUCCAGAGAAAGCUCAAAGAAAGAGAUGCAUCAAUCGACAAAUUAAAGGAAAGUUAUGCCAGACUCACUAGCCUACUUUCCGAUGAAAAAGCAAAAAGGGGCUAUCUUGAAAAAGACAAAAAGUCGCUAGAAGAAAAGAUGCUCAAGGCUCACAGUCGACUUGAGAAGUUCGAUUCCUUUAUCCUUAAACAUCACCAAAUUGACGAGCAGUCAAUAAUAGACGGCUUUUCGAGCCUCUGGGGCUUUGCAGUGAGCGAGAUCUGGACCAUUCUACGGCAGGAUCUGAACGAAGAGAAUCUCAGAAACGACGGACCCUGGAACAAGUUCAGACAAGAUACUGAGGCUGCUUUUCGAGAUGGAGCUAUUCAGAGACAGCGUAUUCCCCUGUGUGCUUCGAAUUCCGAUGCCGCUAAGGGAAUGCGUGUAGCCGUGAUAUUGGGCAUUCUCUCCCGGCAAAUCGACGAGCAAAUUUUUCAACCGAUUCACUUUCCAUCUGAGACCGGCUAUCUCAGGAUGAACCUAAAUAAGCUCGUGAAACAUGACACCGACAAUGAGCAUUUUUAUCGCUCCGUUCUACGUUCUAUUGACCGUGAUGGGCAGGAAGCUGAACUUCGGUCUAGGGCUAAUUCUAUUGUUCAGAUUGUUUCCCACUGUCUCUAUGGAAUCGUCUCGACUACCCAGUAUGGUGAGCUCAGAGUGCGGAUAAAGAAUGUUGUUGAUAGGGCAAUUGAGGUCUGGCGUCCUAUCCAGAAUUCCACGAAAAGAUAUGAGACAGAAUUUGACCCUACCGAUUGGGCCCCCGAGGAAGAUUCCCUAUUCCAGUUUCCUGUGGGCGGUGAAGAUUCAGUCGGGGCUGAAUACCAAAAAGAUCACUCUCUUGUCAUUUUCCCUGGAUUGUAUUGCUUGGAAAGUGACGCCUUUAUUUUGACUUCCGUCGUUCCGCUCACGAGCUCGCAGAAAUUAUAUAUCGCUGCUGAUCAAGAGCUAAGGGAAGAAUUUCAAGGCAAAGCGAGCCCCACGACAAGACAACCCAGUCGGAAAAGGCAGAACUCUGUUGCUAAAGCCCAAUUGCCAUCAAAUGGUACCAGUUUUUUAGGAAGGCACUCCUCUGGAGGUUCAAGCAAUUAA